AUGGAAAGGAAUGGAAAUUACCCAGUCUACGCAGGGCUCGUUGCAGUCGAUUGCAAUGCCUGUCAUUUGGUAUUGACGAGUGAUUCUUGGCUUAUCUUGCAUUUCCUGAUGAGCUUUAUUCUCGUCGCCUAUGUGCGUUGGAGCCGUGUGACGAUACACAAUCAUGCCUGCAAUGACCGUGAGCUGCCUGUUUGCUGUCAACGACGUUUACAGCAGCACCACAUCGCAACAAAACCUGUCAAGGAGAUGCAAGAGAAAGAGAAAACGGUAUCUGUUUUAUCAGCCGAGGAGAGACUUACUGCAGCUAGACUUAUCGCUCUACGGAGCGAGUAUGCAACAUAUCUGCAGAUGCUCAAGGUCGGACUCCCACGAGUCAUUGUUGACCACAAGAUACGUGCUGAAAAGAAGGAUCCGGUUGUGCUGGAUGAGCUUCUUGCAAUGACAUUAACGGCAAAGAAGGUGCCAGCCCCCAUUGAAAUCCCACAACCAGUAGAGAAGGAGGAUCCUGAACACACACAAAAAGUCGAGUUUUUUCAGCGGAUGAUCAAGGUUGGCGUCCCACGUCACGUUGUGGAAAUGAAAGCAAGGAAAGAAGGUGUCGAACCGACCGAGUUGGACAAGCAACGAAUUGGUGCUAAUGUCGUGCUGAAGCGUACGGAUGUCAGUGAAGUUUCUGCAUCUACAGAACUAGGCACACGCUCUAGACGCUCCAGUAUCAGCUCUGUCAUCUCUACCGCACCCUCGACGCCUGACGCAUUGGCAGCGCGAUCUGCCGCAACUAGUAAUGGCCGCACAUUGGCAAUGUUGGCCAUUCGCAAGAUGAACAAUGGAAUGCGAAAGAAGCUGCAUUGGUCUACGACCCCGUACACAGGAGCAAUCGUUCCAGCUCAACGAGACUCACUUUGGAGCCGAAUUCAUGCGAAGGCACCGCAAGAUGGCGUCUGUAUCUCGAGUGAAAGCCGGCGUUGGAUGGAAAAGCUCUUUGUUAAGGCUGUUGCAAAAGCGAAAGCUAGCCAGAUACGACGGGCUACGAGCGCGAAUAAUAUGUCUCCUCGAAAGCAGACCUCGUCGCGACAUUUUGAAAUGAAAGAAUGUGAGCGUGCAAAUAUCGAUCCAGCCUUUUUUGAUGACGAACAAGACGAGAUGGAGAAUGAGCCGGAGCCGGUGGACGAAGAGAUGAAGGAAAACGGGGCAGAAGACUCUGGUAACGCAUUUUUGCGGCGGAAGUUGUAUGUCGUGCUUCUUGACCACAAAAAGUCUCAAAACAUCGCUAUUGUGCUCGCACGAGUAAAGCGCAGUUUCUCGGAGCUCACACACGAGAUUUUGACUUUAAACUGCGACGUAUUAUCCAGCCCAGCGUUGCAGUCAUUGAUCGACAUGUGGCCUGACAGUGCGGAACAAGAAGCCAUUAACCAGUUUGAUGGUGACGUCUUAAGCCUAGCUACGGCCGAACAAUUUUUGAUGGUAGCUCGAAAAGUCCCAAGAGCACAGCAGAAGCUGCGCUGCCUUCAAUUCAAGAUGGACUUCACCCUACGCGUCGAGGAACUUCGGGACAACUUGAGCUUGUUGAUCCGUGGCAUUCAGCAAGUAUGCUCAAGCGAUCGAUUUGCUGGUGUGUUAGAGUACAUUUUUCAUUUGGGCAAUUUGCUCAACUUUGGCGAGGGAGUGGAGUACACAGAAUGGGUAAAAAGUAUUUCCAUCAGCUCGCUCGGGAAGCUAGCGUUCACGAAGGCAUACAACGGACGGAUCUCAUUCCUGCAGUUUGUGGUUCAGUCUGUCGAGCGCGAUGAGCCACACCUCGCACAGUUUAGUGAUGAACUACCUCUCAUUGUCAAGUGCAGUAAACUGUCUGCCCAGAGUCUUGUUGCCGAGUACCAGUCGCUUAAGGGCGGUCUUCGCAUGCUGAUUAACGAGACACAAAAGACGGCAGUGCUAAAAACCGAUGACGACGAUCUGCGGGCGGAUUUGGCGCAAUCGCGGGAAAGCAUGAGAUUGUUCACCAUGGAAGUCGAGCAAGUGCUUAACGUCGUGCAGAAGCUAGUCGAUCAACUGGAGCAAGAGCGAAAAAACUUUUUGAAGUACUUUGAGGAAGAAGACACUUUGCCGAUUGAUGAGGUGUUGGGCUUCAUUGCCAGUUUUGCGGAGGAAUACUCACGCGAGCGCCAUCAGCUCUUUUUUAGUGCUCGCCGGGCACAGAAGGCCAGCCACCUCCCUCAAAAACGCCAUAGCCUGUAG